UUCAAGCAAGUUUGGGUUCUUUGCUAGUUCCCUCUUUAAGAAAAAUGGCAGCCAAAAGCAAGAUCCUGAUCAUUGGAGGCACCGGUUAUAUAGGCAAGUUCAUUGUGGAAGCAAGUGCCAUGGCUGGACACCCAACCCAUGUUCUUGUUCGAGGUUCCACUCUUUCAGACCCAGCCAAGUCUGAGCUCAUCAACCAUUUCAACACCUUGGGAGUCAUUUUCGUGUCGGGCGAUCUCUUCGUUCACGAGAGUCUGGUUAAAGCUAUUAAACAGGUGGAUGUGGUAAUAUCGACAAUCGGUCACAGUCUAUUACCUGAUCAAGAUCGAAUCAUCUCGGCUAUCAAAGAAGCUGGUAAUGUUAAGCUCAUUGUCCAGAGAUUUUUUCCUUCGGAGUAUGGGAACGAUGUGGAUCGUGUGCAUGGCAUCGAGCCAGCAAGAACAGCCUUCAAUGCAAAGGCUGGAAUUCGUCGAGCUGUGGAGGCUGCACAAAUUCCCUACACUUACGUAUCCUCGAACUUUUGUUCGGGUUGGUUCCUUCCAUCUCUGGCUCAGCCAUAUCUACUUGAAGCUGCUGCUCCACCCAAAGAUAAAGUUGUUAUCUUAGGGGAUGGAAAUUUCAAAGCAAUAUUUAACGUGGAGCGUGACAUUGCCACCUAUAUUAUUAAAGCUGUGGAUGAUCCAAGAACUUUGAACAAAAUCCUCUAUGUUCGACCACUUCAAAACACCUACUCUUAUGUUGAUCUUGUGGCCCUUUGGGAACAAAAAUAUGGGAAAAUCCUCGACAAGUCCUAUGUUUCGGAGCAACAACUAUUGAAUGACAUCCAAGCUUCUUGGCCUAACAUUUGGAUCAAAGAGAUGGCCUCCAAGAGCAAGAUUUUGUUCAUAGGAAGCACUGGGCAUGUGGGUAAGCAUGUGGUCGAAGCUAGUGCCAAGGCUAGCCAUCCCACCUAUGCUCUUGUAAGCGACUCGACUCUCUCCGAUCCAACCAAGUCCCACAUUAUCGACCAUUUCAAGAGCUUGAAAGUCAUUUUUAUAUCGGGCGAUCUCUACAAUCACGAGAGUCUGGUUAUGGCCAUAAAACAAGUGGAUGUGGUAAUAUCGACAGUUGGUCACAAUCUGUUAGCCGAUCAAAAUCGAAUCAUCUCGGCUAUCAAAGAAGUUGGCAAUGUUAAGAGAUUUUUCCCUUCGGAGUAUGGGUGCGAUGUGGAUCAUGUGCAUGAUGUCGAGCCAGCACGAACAGCCUUCAAUGCAAAAGCUGGAAUUCGUCGAGCUGUGGAGGCUGCACAAGUUCCCUACACUUUCGUAUCCUCAAACUUAUUUUCGGGUUGGUUCCUUCCGUCUCUGGCUCAGCCAUAUCUACUUGAAGUUGCUACUCCACCCGAAGAUAAAGUUACUAUCUUAGGGGAUGGAAAGGCAAUAUUCAACGUGGAACGUGACGUUGCCACCUAUAUUAUUAAAGCGGUGGAUGAUCCAAGAACUUUGAACAAAAUCCUCUAUGUUCGACCACCUCAAAACACCUACUCUUGUGUUGAUCUUGUGGCCCUUUGGGAACAAAAAUGUGGGAAAAUCCUCGACAAGUCCUAUGUUUCGGAGCAACAACUAUUGAACGACAUCCGAGAAGCUUCAUUUCCACUAAACUUAAGGCUAUCAAUUUUCUACUCGGUUUUUGUAAAGGGAGAUCAAACCAACUUUGAUAUCGAACCAUCAUUUGGAGUGGAAGCCACAAAAUUAUAUCCCGACGUUGAAUAUACAACCGUGGAUGAAUUUCUCAAUCAGUUUGUUUAAAGCACCUUAUGGGAGUCUUAUCUACUCCUAUCUUCAUUAAAUAACGGCGAAAGCUUAAUUGUUGUUGUAUUUUCUGAUUUUCUUGUAUUUUGAUAAGAACGGAGACCACGUUCAAAUGUACCAACAAGGUUCAUCUUGUUUCUCGAUGUUUAAUGAUGGGAACUCUAAAAUUA